AUGACUACCUUAAUAGGUGGCCUUUAUCCUAAUGAUGACAAAUGUGUUGCGUACAAAUAUGGACCUGAUCCUAUUCAAGUUAUUGACUGUCAUCUUCCAAAAGGCCCUUAUGCUUCUAUUGUAGUACUUCUCAUUCAUGGUGGCUUCUGGAAGAGUAUAUACAACCGUUCAAUUGAAGACGCCGUAGGCAAUGAUCUUCUUCGGUUUAAGAUUGUUGUCUGUAAUUUGGACUAUCGUUCUAUUGGAAAUGGAGGUGAUUAUCCGAAUACAUUCUAUGAUGUGGCCAAUGGUACUGAUCUUAUUCGAACAAUUGCUAAAGAACAUGAUUUCAACAGUAAUCGAGUAAUUGUCGUCGGUCACUCAGCUGGUGGACAAUUGGGAGGAUACAUGACAGGACGCUUCAGACUAAUUCCAAACCAACCUGGAUAUAGUACGAAUCCUCUUCGUCCUAUAGCUUUUGUCAGUCAAGCAGGCGUGAAUAACAUGUGGGAUGGUGCCGAUCAGGCUAAUGAAACAGGUUCUGAUGCAGUAAUCUCGUUUCUUGGUGGAACGUAUCAAAUAGCAAAAUAUCCAAGCCAAUAUCUACCAUUAGAAGUGCCAAUACAAGCUAUAACUGGAUCAGUAGAUAUCACUGUACCUAUCAGUCAGACAAUAACUUUUGCUGAACAAGCCAAAAGUGCUGGUGAUAACUGUACCAGAGUGAUUGUUGAAGGUGAAGAUCAUUUUGUUCAUUUGAAUAUUUCUUCGAAGUCUUGGAAUAGAACACUGACUUUUAUCUUAUCUUUCCUUCCCUGA